CAGGUGUGGUGGGAGGUGGAUGUGGUUGGUGUCGCUCGCUGCGCCCCUCACAGAGCUGACUCGCGCUCGGCUCCACCACACUUCGGCUCCUUCCUCCUGAGAUUAUCUCUCAUAUAAUGACCGUAGCGUCUUUACCGCGCUCUCUGACCUGUAGAUGGAGUCGUGUCCACGCUAUGUUUAACUAGUGAAUAGACUUUACGUUGAUGAUGUAAACGGGAGAAUCAAAGCAUGUUCAAUGUUGCCCAAAUUUGCAACUGCGUGUUCGAUUUAUUUUUCAAACACACGCACGAUCUAUUUUCUUAUUCAGUAAUAAAAACAUGGGAAAAAAUAUUCAAGAAAGAUCUUUAAAGAAGCGAAAUUAAAAGGUUUAAACAAGUCCAAAGGAAUACAAUAGUAUAAUGAUUUAAUACAAUACGACAAGUUGAAGAAUAAUACAGUACAAUACAAUAGCGUGUGAGAGAGAGAGAGAAGGUUGAGAUAUUUUUCUUAUUACUGUCAACCAGGAUAAAACACGAGGGAAAGACUUGAAACAAUGUCACCCGUGGAUGUAUUAUUCUCUGUGAACUCUGCCAUAGCAAACCUGUCUACCUCCCAUUCCCCGGGCGCUGAACAACUCUUGCGGGCUUAGCGCUUCCUUGUGAACACAAUUACAUCUCUCUAGAAACUCUUGUGUCUGAAGAGUCUUGGAGUGAAUUAAGGCUCUUGUCAACACACCAAGAUGUUCGUCUUCAAGAAAUUUCUGUUUACUGUCCUGUUGCAUCACUUAACAGAAGUAGGUGGCGUGAAGGAGGUGGUGGUGAAGCGGGUGAAGGUGCCGGAGUACGCUGACCGAGGUGACCAGGUGGAGCUACGGUGUCAGUGGGAGUUGGCCCGGGACAAGCUCUACUCCCUCAAGUGGUACCUCAAUGACCGUGAAUUCUUCAGAUUCAUGCCUGAAGAGGAACCUAAAAUCACCGUACAUCCACUGCCCGGCGUCACUGUCAACAGGGAGGCGUCGACGGGGGAGAGGGUAGUGCUGACCAACGUGCAGCUGACCUCCUCUGGCAAGUACAAGUGUGAGGUCAUUGAGGAAUCGCCCAACUUCCUGACGGCUGACAAGAGCGCUCCCAUGACCGUCAUACAAAUUCCGAAGGAGAAGCCUCGCAUCUACGGUCGUCAACACGAGUACCAUAUCGGGGACACCGCCAGACUCACCUGUGUGUCAGCCAGCUCCAGCCCUCCAGCACACCUUACUUGGUUCAUCAAUGACCACCAGGCUCCACCGGAAUACAUCAUAGACAUGAGUGACAGCCACUCAGAGCAGGGGCUGGUUGAGACGAGGAAGGGGCUGCAGUUUGUGGUGUCGCGGGAACACUUCCGUGACGGCCAGAUGAACCUCAGAUGUUCAGCUAAAAUCUCAACAUUGUACUACAAGACGCAGCAACACAGUGUUGACGGUCACCUCUCCUACAGCGUCCCUGUCAUGGAGUCCCGCGACAUACUCGCCUUGUCCGGCAGUGGCAGUGGUCGCGUGGGACAACAGCAACAACAGCUGGUGAUAGUACUGCUGCUGGCGACGCUGCUUCUGGUGGUGACAGCAGCGCUGGAGAAUACUCCAAGCUGACUCUCCAUUGCUCCUCCUCCUUCUUCUCGUCCUCCUCCUUCUCAUCCUCCUCCUCCUCCUCCUUCUUCUCGUCCUCCUCCUCCUCCUCCUCCUCCAGCACUUCCUCCAGCACCGCCCACACCAAUAGAGGACACUAAUGUUUGUAAGAAACAAUAGCUGGACUUUUGCUAUUGAAACCCGGAAUUAUCUUAGGGCCGUGUCCAUGAUUUAUGUGACACUGAUAAAGUAAGUCUGAGAAUUUCAAGACAACAUAUUACAGUCCUUACAGUUAAGACACCAAUGCAAGAAUUCACUGAGUUAUUUAUUCGCUUAAUUUAGAGUUCUGAGUGACGGUAUUGUGUCUGAAGCAUUUAACAGAUAGUUGCUGGUUGAGGUGUAUGUAAGGUCACACCUCGUUGUAAUCGAGUUACUGAGACGCGGCAGAGAUACUGACAGCAGUUUUGACACUAGUCAUUAGACUAUCACUGUGAGAGGUGUAAUCACCUAGUUAAGGUUGCAGGGGUCGCGUUCUAGCUCCUGGCCCCGGUGUCAUUGUUUACGGCUGUAGCUGUGUGGUGUACGUUUGUUGAUCCUCACAACGGGGAACCUUCAGAAGGUAAAUGGUAUGAAUUUUCUGACCACAAGGUUAAUUGUCGAGCUAUGAUGUGCUCACUGACUACAUUACUAAGAUCUUUUAUGCUCACUGGCUGCGUUAUUGAGCUCUUGUGUGCUCACUGGCUACUCUGAAGAAGUCUUGUAGACAUUCAACUUUGUUAGUUAUACACAAUGGUAACCAAAAUCAACCAAUUGAUGAAUGAGACACAUGUGCAACACUUAGGUAUCUAAAGUACCACACGUCUUUAGCCAUACUGGUCUUUCAUCCACAAUUUUACAGCACUGAGAGACUUACAUCUGUAAAUACUUUAUGUAUAGUUUUCCAUAACAUUAAGAAUAAAACCAGUAGAGUCGUAAGUCUGUUCAUACAUCUUAGAUACUGCAAUAUGAUCACGGGAAACAGGUGAUAUCUAAAUACGCAGUUGUUGUACGAAUUUGUUCGUGAUCUCUCACAUUAUAGAUGUUCUUGGUAAUGUGAGAUAUCACGACAUCGCUCGUAGUAGUAGUAGUACCACUACUACUUCUAUUACUACUAUUGCUAUUAUUACUAUUGCUAUUACUACUAUUGCUAUUGCUACUACUGCUAUUACCAUUACUACUACUACUACUACUACUGCUAUUACUAUUACUAUUAUUAUUACUACUACUAUUAUUAUUACUACUAUUAUUGUUACUACUACUACUACUACCACCACCAUUACUACUACUACUAUUACUACUGCUACUAUUACUACUGCUACUACUACUACUACCAUUACUACUACUACUAUUACUGCUACUAUUACUGCUACUACUAUUGCUACGACUACUAUUACUAUUAUUAUUACUACUAUUGCGACUACUACUGCUGCUGCUGCUACUACUACUACUACUACUACUACUACUACUACUACUACUACUACGACUACUACUACUGCUAUUACAAUUACUAUUAUUAUUACUACUACUACCACCAUUACUACUACUACUAUUACUACUGCUACUACUACUACCAUUACUACUACUACUAUUACUCCUACUACUAUUACUAUUACUACUACUAUUACUACUAUUAUUAGUACUACUACUACUACUACUAUUGCGACUACUACUACUACUACGACUACUACUUUUCACUGUGGCUAUAUUAAAGAUAAUAGAGACAGUGUAGCAAUAUUUCUGUAAUAUUAAGACAGUGGGUAUUUAUUUUGUGUAAAUAUUAUUGAAUCAUAUGAGAGAGUUACGACAGUUGUCUUAAGGAGCUCUGGCUGGUAAGACGCCACACUUAACAUUAGUAGUAAUAUUUUGUAUGUCUUCAACUUCCUGUAAUAUAAACUCAUAAUAAAAUAG